GAAAAAGUUGAGAGACUUUGAGGGUUGGCCCAAGGGCAAUUUUUUUAUGGUUCAAACGUGACCCAAUUGAAACCCGUAGAAUAUCCCCAAAUUAACAAAUUUUGUGUUUUUUCUUUCGUAUACAAUCGCACUGAUGUUUUUGGUCAAACCCCAAAUUAACAAAAAUUAGGGUUCUUUGUUUGGCCAGGAAGAGGAGGGUAUGCUCGAAUUUUCUUGGGUUGCGUGAAUGGUACGUUUUAAUAUCAAGACUACUAUUACUACUUAUCUUUAUUUUGGUUCAGAAAAAUCGAUCUUUUGUUUUGUUAUCCCAUCGUGCCAGGAAUGAUCGAUUGUGAAGAGGAAGUUUGAUUAGAAAGUGGGAAUAGAAGAAAGACGUAAGUGGGCUUGGUUUCUGAUAGAACGUGUAGUUUAGGGUUUAGGGUUUAGGGUUCGAGUUGGCGUCAUACUGAAGAAAAAGAUAGAAAAAGAUGGAUGGGAGACAGUGGCUUAGGGUUGACAGAUUUAACGAUCUUUCGGACGAAGUUGUUCAUCACAUUCUCUCUUUCCUCAGUAUAAGUGACCUAGCCUGUUUUGGCAGUGCAUCCAAAAGAUGCAAAGAACUCUGUCUGUCAACUCCGUCGUUGAAUUUUGAUGAACUUUGUCAUAGGGAUCUGUCAACGUCCAGUAAGCGGUUAAUGUUGUUGAGUUCUUUGGAUAGGUUCUUGGUUCGUCGUGGGGAUGAAAAGUUACAAAAGUUUCGUUUGGUUUGGGAUAUUGAUUACUUUUUGGUGAAGGAAUUUUCCUAUGAAGAGGAGAAAUUUCGAGUGAUUACGUGGAUCCACAAUGCGGUAAAGUGUAACGUUGAAGUACUUGAUCUUGAGUGUGGUUCAUUUCGGAUGACACUGACUCCAUUUCCAUCUUGCGUCUUUCUUUGUCGAUCUUUGAGGUCUCUAAUGGUGGACAUGAAGCUUAUGGUUUUUAAAGAGCCCUCCUCAGCUUCUUUCUCUAAUCUUGAAUGCUUGAAGUUGAGAAAUGUUAAAAUCGCAGAUGAGGGGUUUUUCAAGUGGUUUUCAUGUUACUGCAAUUGCAUCAAGGAAUUAUGUCUCGAACAAGUGUCUGGGGUGCAAAAUAUUACCAUCGAAAGCUCGUCUUUGUUAUCAUUUAGUUUUGUCAAUCACUCUUUGACGGAGCAGUGCCAACUAAGCAUUGCAGCUGAGAAACUUGUAGACCUAGUUAUUGACAUUAAAUCUAUUCCACACAGAAAAUCGAUAAAUAUUCUUGCUCCAAAUCUUACAAGUAUGAAAUGGAUAGGGAGAUUAUUGAUCCAGCAAAAUCUGGGGGAAUUCAUUCGUUUAGAGAAAGCCGACCUUUUUUUUCUGAAGAAUGGAGCAUAUGACUUUGGCAUUGUGUCCGAGUUUCUCUGCAGUAUAUGCAGGGUCGAAGUUCUUAUUCUAAAUGCAGAGAGCCUCAAGGUUUUUGCUUGUACCAAGGAAGGUUCUAUGCCAAGACCUUUAGAUAAUGUUCGUUAUUUACGUAUUGAUAUUGGGAGCUUGCUUGAUGACCUAGUCCUGGCAAUGAUCUGUCUGUUUAAAACAAUGCCAAAUUUGAGUACUUUGCACAUAAAUACUGACAGAAUCUUCCUCCAUUCGAAAACUGAAUCCUCCGGGUUUGAUGUAGAGCGUUGGAAAUUAGAAAACCCUACUUUUGUUUCUGAACUUGAGGAGGUGACUAUAGAACUUCCCAGUGGGUCUAAUGGAAUCGAGUUAUCGAGGUAUAUACUAGAGCAUGCUCAGAACUUGAGGAAAAUGGUGAUUGUUCAUUCGCCCCAACAAUCGCAUGUGCGAAGAACAUUAAAGAAAAGCAAGAAGAUCUCCAAUGCGACAAUUGUCUUUCAGAAAGAUCUAACAAGAGGGAGAUGAAGCAAAGAGGAAGAAGGCUGCUCGUUACAAGAGGUUUUUUGUGUAUACUUUUAGAGCACCAGCUUUAAUAUGCAAAUGCAAUAUGUUAAAAUAUGAAGGUUUAGUUUGUUUUGAUACAAGUGAUAUUGUGGUGGGGAUGGGGAAUCAUGGUUAUGAUCUUAGCAAACUGAGCUAUAAAUUCCUUGCACGAGGCAUAUAGCUUUUUUAUUUUUGCUUUUCUAGCUCUUGUGGUUGCUGAAGCGGCUUUUAUUUUGGUACAGUAGCUCUUCUUGUUAGAAAUAUAUUUGCUCAACACAUAAA